UCGACUAAAACAGAACUUGCCUGUUGUUGCUACUUCAAAUGCUUCAGUGGUACGACAAGUUAUGAUCAUGCUAUGCCAACACAAUAUAUUCUUCCAUUCCGAGCAUUUCAUUAAGUCACCAAACGAGAACAUCCCUCUUAAAGAUUUUAAUGAUUCUCUCAUUUGUCGUGCCGCAAAAAUGAUAAAUAAGACUAAAAAAUCAAUAAUAUAUGCUGGCCGAGGCAUAUUAGCAUCGGCAGAUGGACGCAAAGAUUGA